GUAUUCCUCGCUUCACCCCGCAACUGGUAGGACGUCCCUCAACCUCGCUCCUUCUCCCAACAACCAGUCCCUUCAGUUUUUAGUCAAAAGUUUUGAAGUUUACCUGAUAAUUUUAAUAUUCUUCACUAGUUUGUCUAAAUCUGCUAUCAUCAUGCUUUCUGCUCACUCUCCAAACACCACCAACAACAUGAAGAACUUGACCACAAAGAUGCAAAAUUCUGCGAUUGACGACAAAGAAAAUGAGGAUGUGUUCACCAAGAAAACACUCAAGCCAAGAGCUAUCCUCGGAGAAGUCCAGAAUUUACCACAAGAAGAAAUUCCCUACUCGCAGAAGCUGAAGGAACAUGCAAAGUCAAAGCUUGUCAAACCUGAGAACAGUGGAAAGAAAGUUGUGUCUUUUAACAAAGAGGAUGAGCCUCUUCUGCGGGAGAACGCUCGUCGCUUCGUCAUCUUCCCCAUCCAGUACCACGACAUCUGGCAGUUCUACAAGAAGGCCGAGGCUUCCUUCUGGACCGCUGAGGAGGUUGACCUGUCCAAGGACCUUGACCACUGGGCCAAUCUUAAGGACGAAGAGAGACACUUCAUCUCGCAUGUUCUUGCUUUCUUUGCAGCCAGCGAUGGCAUCGUCAAUGAGAACUUGGUUGAGAGGUUCAGCCAAGAAGUCCAGGUAGCAGAAGCCAGGUGUUUCUAUGGGUUCCAGAUCGCCAUUGAGAACAUCCACUCAGAAAUGUAUUCACUACUCAUCGAUACAUACAUCAAAGAUUCAGUCCAAAGGGACUUCCUGUUCAACGCAGUUGAGACGUUGCCAUGCGUAACCAAGAAAGCACAGUGGGCUUUGAACUGGAUCGGCAGUGACAGCGCUGACUUUGGGACGAGGAUUGUCGCCUUUGCAGCAGUGGAGGGCAUCUUCUUCUCAGGCUCUUUCGCCGCAAUCUUCUGGCUCAAGAAGCGAGGACUCAUGCCCGGUCUUACCUUCUCCAAUGAACUCAUCAGCAGAGACGAGGGUCUUCACUGUGACUUCGCCUGUCUCAUGUUUAAGCAUCUCAACAACAAACCAGACGAGGAGCACGUCCAGGGGAUCAUCAAGGAGGCUGUGGCCAUCGAGCAGGAGUUCCUCACGGACGCUCUACCAUGCUCUCUCAUCGGCAUGAAUGCUGUACUCAUGAAGAGGUACAUCGAGUUUGUCGCAGACAGGUUGCUGGUCGAGCUCGGAUGUGGCAAGAUCUGGAAGGUAGAGAACCCAUUUGACUUCAUGGAAAACAUCUCAUUGGAAGGAAAGACAAACUUCUUUGAGAAGAGGGUUGGUGAAUACCAGAAGAUGGGCGUCAUGAGCUCAACAAACUCAUCAACGAAGAAACAACAUACCUUCAGCUUGGAAGAAGACUUCUAAAGAGAUCAUCCAGAGCUUAAUCCAGACACUGAAAGAGAUCAUCCAGAGCUUAAUCCGGACACUGAAAGCGGACACUUCUCAAUCGCUUGGUUUGAAGGCAU